GCUUUUUUUAAAACUCUCAAGUAUGUUUCAAUGCUGUUGUUCGUCCUCAUUUUCAUAUUGAUUUCCGCCUCCCAGUUUCAAAUGAAACCCGCACAGCAAAAGUGCGCAUGCGCGGGGCAGUGACGUGUCGAGAAAAGUGUCAAACGAGAAGGACGUUAAAAAAAGGAGGAAAAAAAGUGAAAAGGGGCAAAAGGACGGAAGGUCUCGAAAAUGAACUUGAAGUGGUUGAUUUGAGCCGUGGGCGAGCGGCUCGAAGCGCUAAUAAAUGAAGGGACGUGUGGUUGAUUGUCUUUUUGGUAGGCGAGCUCCUCCUCCUCCUCCUCCUGCGUAAAAUUGACCAAAUCUCGAGUCGAGCUGACCGCGGAAGCUAACCGGGCUAGCAUGGAAGCGGGAGCCGGCGGCCGGCUCUGUUAGCUUCGCUUUGCUCACUUUCGAGUCUCCUUUCACCGUUCAGUAUUUCGUCGCGACCGGUACUGGAGGUAAAAAAAAUGUCUCGGAGGCGGCUGGACAGCCGUAGCGGGCUAGCCGCCGCCGCCACCGGCAGCGGACUCCUGGCCGAAAGUCACACACUGAUCAGCGCGGAGCCUCUGGACGCCGUUUUCGAAGUCACCGGCGAGCUGGGAAGGGGCAAGUUUGCGGUGGUGAAGCGCUGUGUGGAAAAAGCCACGGGCAAGGUGUUCGCCGCCAAGUUCCUUCGCAAAAGGAGGCGAGGUCGCGACUGCCGGGCCGAGGUGGUCCACGAGAUGGCCGUCCUGGAGACUGCUCGCAACAACCCCAGAGUGGUCAACCUGCACGCCGCUUACGAGACGGACCACGACAUCGUCCUCGUGCUGGAAUACGCGGCAGGCGGCGAGAUAUUCGACCACUGCGUGUCUGACGAGCUGCUGCCCGAGGCCCAGAUUACCCGUCUGAUCAGGCAAAUGCUGGAGGGAGUUCACCACCUCCACCAGAGCAACCUGGUGCACUUGGACCUCAAGCCCCAGAAUAUCCUCUUGACCAGCCUCUCCCCUCCCGGGGACAUCAAAAUUGUGGACUUUGGUCUGGCACGCAGAUUGGGCGCGGUUGGGGAGCUCCGAGAGAUUCUUGGCACACCUGAGUAUGUGGCACCGGAAAUCCUCAAUUAUGAGCCCAUCACAACGUCCACGGAUCUUUGGAGCGUGGGCGUCAUCGCCUACAUGCUGGUGACGGGCGAGUCUCCGUUUGCCGGCGACGACAAGCAGGAGACGUACCUGAACGUUUCCCAGGUCAACGUGGACUACAGCCGGGAGGCCUUCUCCAGGGUUUCGGAGCUGGCCGUGGACUUCAUCCGCAAGCUGCUGGUCAAAGCGCCCGAGGACCGUCCCAGCGCCGCCGAGUGCAUCGGCCACCCUUGGCUGUGGCAGCAGCAGCAGUCGUACGCCAGCCCGGAGCCGGCGUCCGGCCGCGGCGCCCGCGAGCGGAGCUGCGGCGCCAAGUGGGCGGCGCCUCCGCCCGAGGACAAGGAGAACUUCCUGGAGUCAGCGCCGCCGCCGCAUUCCCACGCCAAACGCUUGCGCUUGGACGAGGAGGCGCUUCUUGUCGACGGUGACUCGUGAACUCCAAAAGGAAAUAGCUUUUAAAUUGGUUUUAAGACCAACGGGCGACUUAUUUCUGCCCCGCUGAAUUUGUUUAUUGUGAGAUUAACACAAGCCAAAGAUAAUCAUUUGACUGACACCGUGAUCCGCUUCUGCGAUCCCGUUUGUCUUUAACUGGAAUUCUCGUGCCAGAUGAGGGCUUGUGGUCAGUUUGUUUGUUUGUUUGUUUUUUGUGGAGAUCAAUGCGGUGCAAAAAUGGCCUCCGUGCUUCAGCCUUGUUCAAUGGCAGUUUUGCCUAAGCCAGUACACACAUACCGCGUUUUAACAUCUUAACCCCGUUAUUUAUUUAUUUAUUCUUUAUUUGUAACAACCCACACAAGCGCGUUUCUCAUUUUCUUCUAGUGUGUGUGUGGUGAACACACACGGAACAAUAUUUGUCAUCGUCCCGAGACUGACCUAUGCAAGGCACCGUGGCGUCAGUGUGUUGAGCGCACUCCCGCAAAGAAGCCCAAUCAGAAAUAGUGAGCAUACUUAACAGUUACGAUUGUCAACUGUUUUCCGAUCAGAUCGGGGAGGUCAAAGUCACUGAACCGUUAGCUUGUGGCGCGUCCUGUGUGUUGAUCGCAGGGGACGGACCAUGUUCACGUUUUUUUUUUGGUGUCAUUCCCACACCCAAGAUGUUGAAAGUCGCUAGAUCCCAAACGCGGACUUGCCGUCAAGACCGUUGAACUCGAUUAACGUUUUUGAUUGUGGCCGAUUCACCAGCAGAUAGAGGAGGACCACUAAGUCUUGACGCGCCCCGGACGGCAGGAUAAUCCUUCAGCUUCAGGGACAUCUGACGCCAAUCGGGCCUCCGCGUUUCAUUGACGUCGUCCUCGUUUUCUCAGCAGAUUGGGGAGAGAAAAAAUGACUCUUAACGUAAGCAACAGGAUCAUUGGUCACAGCAAAUUUGAUUCGGGGACGGCUUUGUGCCUCCAUAAAAGUAUUUUUGACUCUUAAUU